AUGGAGUGCUAUGAGAUUGAUGAGAGGCUUCGAGAGAAGAAUGAGAUUACGAUGGCUGCAGUUCAAGUUUCAAAAAAAAUAAAGUCAGAAGUGGCAACUUGCAUUGUGAAGAAAGCUGGAAGCCCAACUGAGAAGAAAGUUGGCCCAAAUCUAAAUAUAAGGUACCUUGGUAUUCCAAUUUGCUCCAAGAAAAUAUCUGCAGCUGACUGUAAUAGUAUCCUUGAGAAGAUGGUGGCACGCAUUAAAGUUUGGAGUUCGAGGAACUUGUCCUAUAUGGGGAGAAUAACACUCAUCAACUCGGUGUUAAUUAUUAUUCACUCAUAUUGGGCUCAAAUCACAAUAUUGUCCAAGAAAUUGCUAAAGGAUGUAGAGAGCAUGUGUAGAGCGUUUCUUUGGAAAGGCAUGACAACCAACUCAGGUCCUGGAUUAGUAGCAUGGCAACAGAUAUGUGCACCAAAGAAAGCUGGGGGACUAGGAUUUCGAAACAUUCAUGAUUGGAAUACUGCAGCAAUGGGGAAAUAUGUCUGGGCAAUUGCCACCAAAAAAGACAAUUUAUUUGUCAAAUGGAUCAAUGAAGUAUAUUUGAUGGGGAAGAAUUGGUGGGAGUACCCGCCACCAACCGAUUGCAGCUGGUACUGGAAGAGAAUUGUAGCAGUCAAGAACACCCUCACAACCAAGAUUGAUCAACAAACCUUUGCGGCUUUGAGGUAUGAUAUCAAAACUGGUAUUGAUCUAUUGUUUAACAAACCUGUGGAUGUAAACUGGAGUAAGAUAGUUUGGAAUAGGCAGACUAUACCGAAACACAGGGUUAUUUUAUGGUUGAUAAUGUUGCAAAAACUCAGAACAAAAGAGCAAAUACAAAAGUUCAAUCCCUUGGUAGAUGAGACUUGUUUAUUGUGUAGUAAUGGAUCCGAAACAUUGGAACACCUCUUCUUUACUUGUCAUUACAGCAACAUGUGUGUACAAGGCGUUAAAGAUUGGCUGGAAUGGAAAACAUCGACAAACAGUUUGCUGCAGCUAGCUAAAUGGACAGAUAAAUCGAAGUUAUCUACAACUCGGAAGAGUAUUUUUCAUGCUGCUCUUGCUGCCACGGCUUACCAUAUAUGGAGGGUCCGAAAUGAUGCUCUUUGGAAUCAAAAGGUAUGGUGUAUUCGGAAUACUGUACAGAAAAUCAAAAUAGAUUUGGAAUAUAGAAUAUGUCAUGUAAUGCCCAAAAAGGCUAAAGCUAUAGAUAGAGAAUGGUUCAUGGGAAGAUGUACACAAUAG